GUCAACCGCCCACCUCGCGGCUUAGCGCCGGGCCAGUCGUUGCCGCCGCCUCGGGGCGCAGAGGCCCGGCCUUUCAGCCCAAAUGUCAGUUUGUAAAAUAACAAGGCUGGAGUCUGAAGGGUUUGCAGGCUUCCGCCUUGAAGGAAGUCUGGGUGGCUCGGCAUUUCCAACUCUUUCACCUUAGAGCCCGCUUGGCCAAGGCAAAACCGCCCAGUAACCUGGCUUCCAGCGUCCUCAGCAGGGAGGAAUACAAUUUUUUCACCUAUAAUUUGGAAGUGAAGUAAAAUAACAAAAUGAAGUCCGCAAAACAUCUGUCAGCCUCUAGUAAUAAAUUGGCAAAUGUUCCAGAUUUAACUUACAAAAAAGGAAUAUUUACUUCACCGUUGUCACCUAAACCAAAGGAAAAACAUAGUGCAAAAUUAGUACAUGAUAAACUUGAACCAAUGGUCUUAGGAUCUCCACCAUCAGGGGAAUCCAUCGUAAGAUAUGCUUUGCCCAUUGCAUCGAGUAAGACAAAGGAGUUAAUAGCAGAAGAUGAAUUGAUCAGGAAAAUUACCAAACAUCUAAAGAUGGUUGUUUCUACUUUGGAGGAAGCCUAUGGAUUUAGCAUUGUAGACAGAGAAAAAUCAGUUGUGAAGCCUGAACAUGAAGAAUUAACUUUAUCUGUAAGUGUAUAUAAUCCUAAUGUAGAAACAUUUAACACUGAAAAGGGUUAAGAUUUUCUUUUGGAG